CUAAGAAGCUACUGAUCUAAUCAUUCUUACACACUCUGUGCGUAUAAUUAACCCAGCGCUGCCAUUCAUUGCGCAAAAAUUGCGUCUGCGCAGCGGUAAUAAAGCGAGUUUUAUAUCCCUUACUUCUCACCUUGAUCGAGAUCGACGAAUAUUCGAUAUUUGUGCCAUGCUACUUCUAGUGCCAACAAUAUAUUUAUAUACUUUUCUAUGAAAUAUACGUCUUGGACUAAACACUGCAUCCUGCUUCGUCUUAUCAGCGUGCGAAUUCUUUCAGAGUUUCUUUGUCGCUAGAGAAAUUGAUCGGUAAUUCCAAUCUGCUCGAAAUCGAAUUACCAAAAUAUUAACGACUAAAAUCAAUAAAGAUUGCAUCGAUCAAAUCAUAGACGAGGUUAUCGAAGUGUCCGCGCACAUUUACGUCGAGACGUAAUGAUAAUAAUGUAUCGGCACUUAUUGAUAACUCUAAGAGAACAUUGGCAAAGGCCAAGGUUGCACGGAGGCAGCAUUAAAACGAAGACAUUUGUCGCGAUUUGAAUAGGACGUACGAGCGACUAAUUGUAGAUUUUAACCAACGAAAGAAUCGGCAAUCCCGCUCGCUUGUUCAUUAUAAAGAUUAUCGUACCGUUACAAGAAUGUGUAAUGAAAUAAACCGGUACUCUCGGAGAACGGAUCGUUUUGCGCUGAAGUAGAAGAGGGUGGGGUGUCCGUACGAAAAGAACGAGUGUCACGGGUAGCGAAUAAACGCAGUUACGUGGCUGGAUUGUAGAGCGGCGAGUAAUCUCGCGCACAUGCCUCUCGCUGAUAUCUCUUAAGUAGCGGUGCGCGACAUGUGAGGAACCGUGACGGUUUAAAAGAAAGUCGUAUCGAUAUAUCUGGGAAAAACCGUUUUCCCGGAUCAUCGCGUGUUAUUAAACAGUACAGCCAAAGUAAUCGUGGUUUAUUAUUCGCUAUAUUCCUCGCUAUUCCUCUCCUUUCGCCUUACUCAAUCAUCGUCACGGUGGUGGUGGAAAGGAUUUAAGAGCCGGUGCUCUUAUCCUCGUGCGCUAGAAGCUACAUCGAAGCCGGAGUUUUAGUGAGUUAUUCGAGAGCGACUUGCAAAAUGAACCGAAAUAUCUCGCUCCUCAUAGUGGUGCUGCUGGUUCUGCUGGUAACCAGCGCGUAUGCUCAGGUGACUUAUAAAAGCGGCAAUUGCCCGUUGAAAAACACCGUGAGCAAUUGCGGCACCAGAUGUAUGAGUGAUUCGCAGUGUCCUCUGAAUCAGAAGUGCUGCACGAACAAAUGCGGCUACACGUCAUGCGCCGAACCUAGCGUCGUCAGCACUGGCAGCGGAUACAAGGGGUCGAACCAGCAAGCCGUUUACUGCAACGGAGUGAAAUGCAACACGAACGAGAAGUGCCUUUUCGACCGCAACAUCAGACGUGAGAAGUGUACACGGGCGUAAUGUCUCAUUCGUUACCGAAUCCCUUCGUAAAUUUCGACUGUCUCGCACGUAAUCCCACUGCACAGAUAACAAUUACACUCAUUCUCUCGCUGUCUCCAGCAGGCCUAUUCUGUGAUUUAUAACGACAGUUGUAACGACAGUCGUUUAUCGUAACGUUGUCUCUGCGCAGGUAUAAUAUAUAGUGGAAAGAGCUACAUAACGACAACGAAACGAUAACGACGACCUUGCCGACUUGAAAGUUACUGAAUAAUCCUACAGUCUAUGUUUAUCGAUGACAGUAGAUUCGGUAGAACGUAUCAUUAAGUACCAUCAAAGUUAUAUAACGACAUGUACCGGAUCGACAGUUGCCAGCAGAAGUGUAAGGAAUAAAACGGAUUGACAAUUAAGAGACUCGAUUGUGUAUUUUGGCGCUUCUGCUUUGAGAACGGUCGUUCCGCCCGUCAUAUUAAGCUUGACGUAGCUUUGACAGCGAACUUAUAAUACAAUCCGACGGAAGAUCAAUUCUACCAUAAUAGACAUUCAGAUAUUUUAGGUUUAUACCUGUACCUGUAACGAUUUAAAGCAAUAAAAUAUUGCCACUGCGUUAAGA